AUGGAUAAACCGACCACGACAUCGACCCCGUCAACCGACCGGUCGACAUCAAAAUCCGAGGAUAUAAUGGCGGAUAUAACAUGCAAUGACCCUAUGAAGGUGAAACGCGCAUUGAACGCCCUCGAUCCUGCCCAGGUCCUUAGAGAUCUAGAGAAUCCGUACCGCCCCCGAUGGACUGAAAUCCUGGAUGAUUGGGCUGAGGUCAACAUGCCUCGUUCGAUAUUCAAGCACUGGGAAGUUCGCCAGUUGGAAAGAGAUAAUUCUGUAUACUGGGAAUAUGAUGCGAAAAGGCAGCGGCUUGGCGUCAGGUGUCUGCCGACGGCGAUCCAUGAAGCAGCGCCAGAUGCUUUCCGCGCACGCGCCUUCAAGGAGGUAUUGCAGUUGAGUAGCGAAAGCCAGGAUGUCUUCAAGAUUGGAUCAAAUACAGAGUUUGAUGGCUUUGACUUUCCGGGGCUCCCAGUCUAUCGCAAAAAAGAGCCAGAUGCGUACAUCAAAUCCAAGGAAGGGGAGUUCCCGCUGGUUGUCUUGGAAGCAGGAUUCAGUGAACGCGAGAGCGAGCUUAUUCAAGAUGCUCAGUUAUGGCUCCAUGGGAGCCGUGCAGCUGUCUCGUUUGUUCUUGUCGUCAUCAUUACUGAAAGCAAGUCUAUCUGCGAUGAUCGUCGGAACCCUAAGCGGCACCUGAAUGACGAAGAAGUAGAGGAGCGAUUGGCGGAUGGGACACAGAUCCAGGAGAGUAACGGCACUGAAUCUGAGCCAUCCACAUUGGACCAGUUGCAGUUUGCCGAUGAACUGCGGCGCCUUAAUGCCCAGAAGAAGCUGAUGAAGCCCCUUAUUGGCGAUAUUAAAGCUAACCUGAGUGUGUACCGCAAGGCUCGGGAGGGGGAUGAUGAAGGAAAAAAGAGAAUAAGCGAGGAGUUUGCCAAAAUCUCCAUUAUCCUCAGAGACGAGGCCGCCAUCUAUCCGAAUGCUGACAAAAAAGCCAUUGACCUGCCAUGGAAGGAGAUCAUGGGGGAUCAGAUCAAAACUCUCGCCUUUGAAGAUACAAACAAGAGUUUUACCCUCGAGCCGCAGCAGUUCAAAUCCGAGAUUGAGGAAGCCAUCCGACUCACUGUGAAGAGGCGCGCCCGGCAGCGAGCCGGUGCCAUCUUGGAGUGGAGGGGCAGGAUUGAACCCGGUCCCACCUUUGGGGAACUGAAGAGGGGCAUCACCAAAGGCAAUGAGCCCUAUGAACCAUCGGAUUGUUCUGAUGGGGAUGAUGAAGGCCCAAGAGUCAAGAGGAAGAAAGUAAACUCGUGA